CAAGAGCUUCCGAGUAGUCUCUCUUCUCUCCUGUGAGCACAACCACUCUUCGCUACACUCUACUCUUCUGAAACCAGAUGGAGAAAAAUCCAGAAAUCGCACUUACCCAGAUGCGAAAAUCUGUUCAGAAGCUUGGGUCUUCAACUGAGAAUCAUGGAGAUCAAACGCUUAUGAGGUUUUUGAUAGCUAGAUCAAUGAACCCUGAGAAGGCAGCGAAGAUGUUUGUUCAAUGGCAGAAAUGGAGAGCCGAGUUUGUUCCUUUAGGGUUCAUUCCUGAUUCUCAAGUACCAGACGAAUUGGCUACUCGGAAGCUCUACUUACAGGGCCUUUCAAGGAAUGGACACCCAGUCAUGAUUGUUAAAGCCUGCAAGCAUUUCCCUUCUGGAGAUCAUCUCCAACUCAAGAAAUUUGUGGUGCAUUUACUGGACAAAACCAUUGCAAGUUCUUUCAAGGGAAAAGAAAUAGGAAAUGAGAAAUUGAUUGGCGUUCUCGAUCUGCAACAAAUUACGAUUAAGAACAUAGAUGCUCGUGCUUUAAUUACUGGAUUUCAGUUUUUACAGGCUUACUAUCCGGAGCGCUUGGCAAAAUUGUUCAUCUUGAGCAUGCCAUGGUUUUUUGUGAGUGUCUGGAGAAUGGUUUCCCGCUUUCUAGAGAAGGCAACGCUUGAAAAGAUAGUGAUAGUCACCAAUGAAGAUGAGCAUAAAAAUUUCCGAGAGGAAAUCGGAGAGGAUGUUUUGCCAGAAGAAUAUGGUGGACAAGCAAAGCUUGUAGCUCUCCAAGAUGUUAAACUUGAACACUUCCCAGCAGAGAAUUGAGAAUAUUUUAGGGUAGGGUGCAGCAGCAAGUGGUAAUCAUACACCAAUCCCAUGCUGAAGAAACACCCCAUUUGAUGGGAAUACUAAAAGCCUAAAGCACUGGUCAAAGUUCAGAGAGGUUGAAGGCAAAUCUGCUGG